AUGUCACAAGAAACAAUCCGCCAAGCAUUUCCAGACAAAGCCACCCCUCUUGUCAGCUAUGGAAUUCCAUUCACAGAGUCCUGUGCAAAGCAUGUUCAAAAACUCAAAGCAUCAAGGGUCUACCUCAUUGCGGGGAAGUCUCUGACUAAGAAUACAAGCUUUACGUCAGAUCUCCAAAAGGCACUUGGUGCCAGCCUCGCAAAGACCCGUGUCGGAAUGACCCCUCACACUCUCAUGUCGGAAGUCCUGGAGAUCGUGGAAGAAUGUAGAACCGUAAACGCAGACUGCAUAGUCACCCUUGGUGGAGGCAGUCUUUCUGAUGCUGCAAAAGUCAUUACUUUCGCACUGGCCAACAAUGUCAAGACGCAAGUAGAACUUGUGAAGUUACCUCAUCUUGGAGGCAAGAGCAGCAACUUCUCUACUGAUAACAAUAUCAAUGCUCAUGCUCCAACUGUCCCGAUAAUUUGUAUUCCAACCACCCUCUCGGGAGGAGAGUAUUCUACCUACGCUGGUGUAACUGAUCAUUUGACUGGCGAAAAAGUGCAGUUUUGUCCUCCUAUCGCGUCACCAGAUGUCAUUAUUCUUUCCGGAGAACUAGCUUGUAGCACACCGCUAGACGUAUGGUUGCAGUCUGGUAUGCGAGCUGUUGAUCAUUGUAUCGAAACUUUGGCUUCUCUCAAAUCCACCCCAGAAGUGGACGAGUUUGUCACGAAAAGUCUCAAAUGUUUGAUCCCUGGGCUUCUAAAUGCAAAGGCCAAUUUUGGCAUGGAGGAUGGAAAGGCACAAGAAAUUAAGGCAAGAGAAGAGUGUCAGAUUGGAGUCAUGUGGGCAAUGAUCUUCCUGCACAGAAAGGUGGCUUGUGGAGCUAGUCAUGGUAUUGGACAUAUGCUAGGUCCUAUGUUCCAUGUUGGCCAUGGUGAGACAUCUUGCAUCCUCUUACCCGCAGCAUGUCGAUUCAACGCUAUUCAUGGUGGGAAAGAGAUUUUAUCAAGGCAGCAACUGAUGAGAGAUGCAUUAUGGAGUGUUGGUGAAGCGAGAAAGAGAUAUGAGAGGGAAGGUCUGAAUGAGGAGAACGCAAGAGUUGAUCAGUUGCUUGAUGUUGUGAUUAGAGAGUUGGGAUUGAAGAGAAGGCUGAGUGAGGUGGGGGUUGUGGAGAGGAAGGAUCUUGAGAGGUUGGCGGAGGCUAGUUUGAGGGACCCAUUCUUAAUUACGAAUGCGGUACCUAUUACAACAAAGGAGCAAGUACUCGAGAUCUUGGAGAUGAGCGCUUGA